AUGGACGGGAUUCGUCCGCUCUUCACUGUGGGCAAAUCCUUCAGCUUGCUUCUUCUGAUUCUGCUUCAGACAUCCACUGAGGCUCAGAUAUGUUCUGUAGCAGACAGCUAUGUGAGCGUCGCAGAAAACAAUGCUGUGGGUGUGGUCGUAGAGACAAUCACUACCCAACCAGGUGUUACUCUAGAGUUUAGUCCUCCUCCUGCAAACCCAGACUAUCCAUUCAUUCUCGACGGAAACAACCUGAAUGAAUUUGUACUAAGGUCAAAUACUGACCCAACAAUUCUUGUUAACGCACGUCUCGACUAUGACAAAGUCAAAAAUGUGGAGCUGAUAUUGACUGUUCAGGACUCAAAAUUACCACCAGAGGAUACGGUGCGCUCCGCAACAGCGACUAUCACGGUCACCAUCUUAGAUGAGGAUAACAGACCGCCGUGGUUUCAGCCUUGCACCCCAACUGAAAUUGGUAGCAGCAUGAUCUGCCAGAGUCCUGUCUACACCGGCAGGGUUGACUUAAAUGAACAAGAGACUGGAGUGUUGCCGUUGGAACCAGGACCUCUAUAUGCCAUUGAUGGAGACUAUGGAAUAAAGGAGGAGAUAGUAUAUUCAAUCCUAAGUGGAAAUGAAGAUGGUCUGUUUGCGAUCGACCCAAACACGGGGAACAUCACCAUGCUGAAGGCAGCUGACGUGUUGGGGACAAUCAGUCUGUCAGUACUGGCUGCUCAGGCAAUUAACAGUUAUCAGUAUGCCACCACCACCGUUACAAUCAGUAUCCAGGUGAAGAGCCUCCACCCCCCAGUGUUUCAGAAGACUCUGUAUGAAGGCCUCGCUACUUCAAGCGGCACCAUGGUGAUGGACCGGACAAACAAAGACCAGCCGCUGCGGAUCCUCGCCACAGAUGCGGACUACGCUGCCACUGGGGGUCUAAAUCCUCACAUCACUUACUCCAUUAGCGGCAGCAGUGAUUUCUCACUUAUUGAUGGCUACUUAUUCAUGACUAAGGACCUUCCAGAGAGCACAUUAACCUUGGAGGUGGUGGCAAAAGACACAACUAAUGAUGAAACAGACAAAAGUCAGCUUUCACUGGAGGUAAAAACAGGUCUCACCACCACCAAAUUGCCUCAGAGCACAACAGACUUUAUUACCACGACACCUACAGAGAAAUUCACCACUGACGACAAGAUCACGGGAAGUGCUGUAUCCACCAUCUCCAACACGGUGCCCACUGUGCCAACUGGAGGCACUUCCUCAACCACUGAUCCCGAUGGAGAAAGUCCUACUACCAGAGACCAACCAGUGACUACCCCAGCUGGUGAAAAUGAUGUAGUGGGCAUGGCAGUGAUCGGUGCAGUCUUGGGUGCCCUGCUGCUUAUUGCCCUGGUGAUCAUUGGGGUGCUCAUCUGUCGCUUGCGGAAGGGCAAAGCAGACUGGAAGAAGAUCUACGAGGCCAGCAUGUUUCGAAGCUCUCUGGGUCAAGGCUCGGGUGGUCAUAAGGAGGGCAUCCAGUACACCAAUGAGGCCUUCCAGAAAGACGAGGAUGGAAGCAGCUUGGGCUCAGGUGGUCCCGAGAGGGAAAGUGUAAUAGCUAGUAAAGCGCCCCCACAAACAUCAUGGAACAUUGAACGCGAAGAGGCCAUCAUGAAGUCUUCUGCACCACUACAUGACCUGCUGCCUGAUAAUUCCAGCGACACGUCAUCAGAGAAGUCCGAUUCAGAGAAUGAUGUGAAACCCAUCCUGACCAAAGAGAGGCGUGUGGAGGAGGGAUACAAAUCGGUUUGGUUUAAGGAGGACAUUGACCCAGAUGCCAAAGAGGAGGUGGUCAUCAUCCCAGACAGCAGAGAGGAUGACAGUGAGGAAGAAGAUGAGGAACCAUCGCGUAGCAGCAGAGAAGAUGAUGAAGACAACAACCCACUAGGAAAAAAGAUCUUCUUUGCUGAUUCAGAUCUGGACAGUGGAAUCGAGGUGAAGACUGAAAAUCCACCACAGGACUCAGACAGUGACGAAUCAAUGGAUCAUGCUCUGUGAGAG